AGCUUGACCACUGCUCUUCCGUGUGUCCCGGGGUAUUCUGGCAUUGCGAGCUCAGGAGUCACGGGUAGCCGGUGAAUUCAGCCUUUGGACUGAACGCAUCAUAUUCGACUUAAUGAAAUAACAACAGGCUCCACGGAUUUUCAUGAGGAUUUAAAAACACAGUCAGUAUGUGUCAGCGGGUCAAUGACGUCAUGAGGCUGUGUUGUGAGUUAUCUGCCAAUCAGCAGAUCCAGACCACGGUGAGGGGCUCGGGGAAGGGGGCAGCAGCCGCCGGGGGUCUGGCCUUCGCCGGGGGGCUGGUCGGGGGUCCUCUGGGUAUUGCAGUAGGUGGCGCUGUCGGAGGUCUCCUGGGCUGCUGGCUGACCAGUGGAGAGUUCAGACCGCUGCCUCAGAUCCUCAUGGAGCUCAGUCCCCAGCAGCAGCAGAAGAUCUACGAGGACAUGAUGGCCGUGCUGGGAGACGUCCAGUGGACAGAUGUGGUGCAGCUCUCGGCUCUGGUGAUGGGCAACGCCGCCCUGAAGCAGCAGCUGACAGCCGCCCUGAUGGGAUACGUUACCAAGGAGCUGCAGGGCCAGGUGCACUACGUGGACUAGUGUCUGUGGAACACACUGGGGGACAUGACUCGGAGGCCUCAGAGCUCAAGAGGAGGAGGUCUUGAAAAAUAAUGUGAACUGGUUUUAUGAAGCUGGAGAAACAUUUUAUUUGAAUGUGAAAUCAGAGUCCUGGUAACACUGGUUAAAAAACAGGUAAGCACAUCAUAACCUUGUGUUUUCACCCCCCCCCUCAAGUGUUCCUUUAAUCUAUGACCACUGUCACUGCAGGAGUGGAGUUGCUUGUCUACGGCUCAGCAUCAAAGGAUUCAUGGUCCAAGUUUAUCCGCGAUACAGAAUAUCGUGUUUUAAUGGCGUGUAAUCAAACUUUGACGCCACGGCAAGGUCACACCGUGUGAAGACAAAUUGAUCUUUGAGUUAGUUUGUAUCUCCAUCUUGUUGUGAUGACACUCAUCUCCGUUUGGAGUUGAUCUGAUGUAAGCGCUGAUACAAGUACCUCAAAGUAAAAAUGUGGAAUAUGGCCAAAAUUGCCACUAAAUGCAACAUAGCAGGCUUCCUGUUGCGUUUUUCAAAUUGCACCUACAGACUUUUUGGUUUGCCUGGUCAUGAUACACAUUCGUAUCGAUUUUUGUGAAGAAUUUCAAUAGGGGUGCCUGUCAGUGCACUGGCCCUUAUAAUUAAUUGGUCUGGAUUCUUUAAAUCAGGCACAUUUAAUUUAGUGAUAUUUAUGACUUUGUGCCAUUUUGUGCAGCUCGAUUGGUUUUAAUGGGACUUUUUGGGCCUUCGUGUUAUGCGCUCUACUGAGUGGGAUUCUGGUUAUAUAUUAAAACUGUUGUUUAUGAGGUAAACAUACUUGUCAGUUGCAGGAAUCAUUAAAUCAAUAAGCGUGUAAUGGUUCCGAUGUUAAAAGUUACUCUGAUUUGAGGUCUGACCACAUCAGCCUGACUGCAGCUACACUGAAGCACUGUUCUCAGACAUACAGGUACAGCCCACUGUCGUAUUUAAAUGCAGAUAAUCAUGUACAACGUGUCUGUACAGUGUGAAAUAUUUUUUAUUUGAUGUGCAUUUAUCAAGUACAAGUGAAUAUUUAUUUCUACUUUGUGUACAGUAUAUUAUAUUGCCAUCACAUCAAGUCAAAUAAUGAAAUGCUUUCAUCAAUAAAAGCAAAGAAAAAUUGAACGGAUUGAUUUCACAUGUAAAUGCUUACACUGUAGAAACACAUACACUGUUAUGCUCAUCACUAGUGUAACCUGGUGAGUUGGAGACGAAGCCAAUAAAAGGGGAAAAUCUCUCAGUCUGGA